UAAACAGAAUCACAUCUAACAGAUUCACACCGGACUGCCGUUCUAUUUUUAGAAAGUGAAAGCAAACAAGGAGGAAAUGUCAAGCACCUUUGGAUUCUGAAAGAUUUCCGUGUGUUUUAACAUUGACAUUUGACGCUUUUAUUGUGUUGAACGCGUAAAGGCUCAGAUUCACUUAAAUCCGAAGUCAGUUUUUUCAUUUUAUUUAAUUUCUUUAAACAAAGCAGUCCGAUCGAUGAUGUAUCUCAUGUGAUUUCGGAGAUUCCGGAAGAAUCUCCCUCAGAGUUUGUUUUAUUGGAGUCUGUAUUUUCACAGGAAUGUUGUGGAUUAUUAUCGUUUUACUGGUGAAUCUCCUCUUAGAGACUUCAGUGUCGUUGACUGUGGUGGUUCCUCCUGAUCCUAUAGUGGCUCAUGUGGGAUCCACAGUGACUCUUCCCUGCUGGAUCUCUCCUCCUGAGAACGCUGGAGCUCUGGAGAUCCGCUGGUACCGUCAGGAUCAGUUCAACAACCCUGUUCUCCUCUAUAAUCAUGGGAAGAUCCAGGACAUAAAGGAAUGUUACAGGAAACGAAGCUCUCUGGCUCUGCGGUCAGAUCAGUCUGGUGGCCUGAAGGAUGGAGAUGUCUCUCUACGGCUGGAGAAACUCACUUUUCAGGAUGAAGGUCCAUUUCACUGUUAUGUGAGCGGAGAACAUUUAUAUGACAGUAAAGUGGUGGUUCUCAAAAUCACAGAUUCAUCAGGUCCAUGGAAGGCUAUUUCCCUUUCCCUCAUCGUUCUCAUUUGUGUUCUUCCGGGCUUGAUUGGGCUGAUUCUCUACAAAUACAGACACAAACGAACAGGUCAUGAGGAGAAAACUAUGAAGGAACUGGAAAACAGAGUUGUGGGAGACACAAAUAUAGAAGAACUGAGGAAACAUGCAGUUGAGAUCACUAUUGACCGUGAGCAUUUACAUCCAGAUCUGAGAGUUUCUGAUAACUGUAAAAUCAGUGAAGAAUAUAAACCCACUAGAGAGGGAUUUCCAUUUGAAUUAUGUGCUUUUGGAGCCCAAAGAUUCACUUCUGGUCGUCACUAUUGGGAAGUAGAGCUGAAACAAGCAAAUACACCUCCCAAAAACUUCUGGAUAAUUGGUGUGGUGAAACAUGGAAACUUUACUACAAAAGACAGAUCUGCUUUAACUGCAUCAGCUGGUUUCUGGUUCUUGUGUUCAGACGGUCCUCGUGGCUUUUACACCAACACUGAUCAAUCAGUUAAACUCUCUCUGACACCGAGACCUGAACGACUGGGAGUUCUGUUAGAUUAUGAUCACGGUCAGCUCUCAUUUUACAACGUCACAGAGAGAAAACAUCUCCUGACCAUCUGCAGCAGAUUCUCUGGAUCUGUCGUUCCUCUCUUCAGUCCUGGAGCAGGUGAUGAGAGCACGAUUAAAAUCCUGGAUCUUCCAAAACCUGCAGAACCAGCUGAACCCAGUCAGCCUUUACUGAGUAACACGGCAGCUGUAGAAUCAGCUGUAGAACUAGUUUACUGAGUAACAACAGCUCAGACGCCUGACUGACUAAUGCAGUUUAAUCAGAAACAAACACCUACACAGAAACCAUUCUCUCUAAUGACCUGAUCAUAUCAUCGUUACACAUCAGAGUCGAACAAACACUAAAAAGAAAGACUGAAAGAAAACAGUGUCUUAGUUCUAGAAUGAUCAAACAUCUCUACCGAAUUCACAUAAUUUCUAUUCAGUUUGUGAAAUGUAAAAUCACACUAAUAGAAGAUAAGUCUAUUCAGUUUAACACAUUCUACUGAAUGAGGACAAUUUUGAGUGAGUCCAGAUAUAAGUUCAUAUAUCUUGUGUCUGUAAACACAGUUGAUGAGGUCAAUUAUUUGUACAGUUCUCAGUAGAUAUUACAGCGUUCCUUCAUCCUCUCUGUUACAACCUUCAUCUGAUCUAACAUCUCUUCUCAAGCACUUAACUAAAACACAACCAUAAACAGACGAACUUACUAGAACUGCUGUUAUACUUUUGUGCAUUUAAUUUGUGUGUGUGUACUAAUCUAUACUUUAAACUUGGCAUUGUGUAUUAGAAAUAUUUGUAUUUCUUUUUGCUGUAUAUUUGAUUGAGCAACAUGAAAUGUCUAAUGUCUGAUGAAAUAUUUUGUAAAGGUGCUUUGGCUAAAUAUUUUUACAAUUAAAAAUGGGUGAUCAUUG